AUGGAGCUGACCGAGGCGCACAUUCAACAUGUGAAGUCCUGCAACGAUGAUGACAGUUGCUUUAGAUGCCUGUACCUCCGAAAUAUGAAGCUUUGGAGGAAGCGGAUGCCAUGGCUUAUUGACCAAAUGUGGAAGCAUCCCGGUGAUGAGAAUAAGCUAGUUUGGGGUCUUGGUUGCCAACUUUGCAUCAAGGCUGGGUUAACCACUUCAUCAACUUUUGCAUCCAUGGGCUUUGAUGGAUCUGGGGGCUUUAGCGGUGUGCUGCGGCAUGCCAAAAGCAAGGCCCGUGAAAAGGCACAGAAAGUACUUCAUGGUGAAGACGUUCUUGACGCCCCCAGCAAGGAUGACUUUGCUAAGUUUAUGCAGGAAAGACUUUUGGUCAGAAAUAUGCUUUUUAGUCGGGGAAAGAUGCGAUCGUCCCUGAACUUCCACAUACCUGGACUUGGGGGACGAAAGAAGAUGACUCAGAUGCAGCGCUGUGUUGGCAUGGCCUGUGACACUAUCGACUUGGUUUUCCUCCUGGAAAAAUCCUCAUCCAUAGUUCUUCACCAGGAUGUGUCGAAGGGGCUCUUGGUAGUGACUUUCAGCGCUUGCUCCGAGAGCCUUGAGGUGGUCCGGGGCUUUCUUGGUUGUUGCCCAAUUCCCCCAGCCGAAAUGGAGAGCUUGCAGAAGUGCACGAGGGAUAUUCUUCGCACAGCGUGUGCUGGAAAUCAGGCCUAUUUCGAUGUGAUUCGGAAAAAGGAAGUGUUGGUUGCAGAUGCAGCGGCCGAUGAACAAUUGGCCUUGAGGUUGAUGCGAGCUGACUCCACCAUGUUCGAGUCCACAAAGAUGGUAGUCAAGGAUCCGACACAUUGCGUGAGGCGGUUUUUAUCGCGCCCAUUUGCGGCCAUUCCAGAAAUACAUGAAGUGCAUUCCACCCUCAUCACCAGGGGUGACUCCAUGACAUGCACGCUGCAGUUCUCAGAUGUGCUGGGAUCAGCCUUUGCUGAAUUUUGCAAAAAGAUGCACGACAACAAACGCGUGCGGAACCUUCAGUUUAGAAAACACCGAUUCGACAGCUGUCAGAGACCCACUGGCAGAUUUGUCCUCUAUGCCAAAGCCUUCAUCUCCACGGCAAUCUUUGCAUCAACACAUAGGAAGGGCGAACGAGACGGCACGAGGGCAGAGCAAUUCCUGCAAUACAUCAGCGAAAAGCGUUUGCUGUUGUUGUCGAUGCUGGCUGAUGCCAGUGAUGAAGUUAGCAUCCUGGUGCGUUUUCUCGAUCAGGGCGAUUGGGACAUGGCCAGUUUGCUUGCAGAGAUCCAACAGUUCGUCAGCCGUGUGUCAUCUCUGUUCUUGGACGGCCAAUGUAGGCAUUCUGGAUAUUGCGAGUAUAUGCUCCAGACAUUGAGAACACCCACCGCCUUUUUGACCGCCUCCGGCCCCCGGUCAAUUGGGGGCGAUCGGAUGACAGACGCGCUCUUUCAAGAAACUCUGCAGGAAAUGCACGCAUGGGUAGCCUUGCUCACACACACCGUGGAGGCAGAGUUUCCAGGCUUUAGCCUGAUGUGUGCCAUGAGCAUCUUCAACUUGAACGCCCGAAGUCGUGAUUCCGAGGUGGGCCAGGAAGGAAUGGCUUAUAUUCGAGAUGCUGCCCACCGGUUGUGCGCCGCAUUCCCAGAAGUCAAUGAGGAAAAUUUCAUUCAUGAGUUCCUGGACAUAAGGCCGAUUGCGAUGCACCACAGCAAGCUUGCGUCUGUCAACUCCUUUGAGUCAUGGAGGCAAGCCAUCAGGCAAGUGAGCCGCCGCUCCAGCACAUCUCAUCCAACUGAUAACCUUUCCAAACUUGUGAUGAGGCUUGGGGCUUGGGAUGGCUGCACAACAAGUGGGGUGGAGAGAGUCUUCGCCAAGCUUCGCAAGUGUGAGAGGUGCCUAUCUGACCAAAACAAACGGUUGGAAUUGAAAAUGUUGUGGGAUUGUGAUCGGAUUGGUCCUGAAGUUUUCAGUACAGCUUCAACAAUCUGGGCUCAGCUUUAUGGAGCGCCUCGCAAUGGAGCCACCCCUCGGCUGGACACGGGUGUGAAGCGAAAGCGGGAUUCUACGACUGAGACGGCUUUCAUUGCCAGACGGCGGGCGGCGGUGGCAAGUGCAGGCUCAAAGUCUUUAUCGGAUGUCAAAGAGCGAGCAGCUUGCGCAGCUUCAGACCUGAUUGAUGCGUCAGAAUCCAUCCAGCAGGAAAUUACCUUCCAACAACAGAAGCAGUUCAAGAACAAGAUUCAAGGGUUCUUGGACGGGGUAUUGCUGCAAAGUGAGAUUCCCGAAGACAUGCAGGAAACUGCGCAGGCUUUCCUAGAAGCCCAAGAUUUGGCUGACAAGAGGAGAGAUCGAACAAAAUUGAAUCAAUGUGAGAAACUUAGUCGAUCCACACCUCAGAUCCAGAGCGUUCACAAGGUUUGGGUGCAGGACGAAGCAUGGGCUGAAGACUUCAAGAGGUUCAUCUACACAGCCGAGGUCACUGAGGCAUUGUUCUUUGUGGUCAAGGACCCCGCCACACCUCCGCCUACGAUCCAUUGGACUCUUGUCCUUCAGGGUGGAUUCGUGAUUGAUUACACCCACCUUCAAUAUCAAGCCCAGGGUCGACCAGCGAGAGUCAGAAAUCGAGGGGCAACGUUUGCUCAUGACCCAGCAGUGCGGACAAGGAGGCGAGUCUUGGUAUCACCAGCCUUCAGAGAACGCUGCCCGCGAAUUUCUCGAGUCAUCGAUGCAGCGUGCAGUCACAGGCUCUCUCAAUGGACACCAUUGAAUUCCUGGGAGGAGUUUGCGGCGAGAUGUGAAAAGGAUGGAAAAAAUACCUUCUCUACAAUCGCUUUGGGGACAGCUGCCGAGGCAAGGGCUCUCAACGGCAGGAGAAACGUUUUCAGCCAAGCUGAAUUUCUGCAAUGGCUGCAGAAGGUGGCUUGCGUGUACAACUUCAAAUGA